UUGUCUCCCUUUAUUUGCAGCGAACCAUUCUUUCUGCUCCGUUUUCGACUCGGCUGCUUGCUUUGCGACUUGGCCUUGGCCUAGAUUUUUUCCCGCUUAUUGUGAGACUGGGCACUUUUAACUGCUGCAGGCGAGAUAGCUGAAUAGUUUUUAGCCUUUUAGGUUCGGAUUAGAGCCCAACUUUUUAAUCUGACUCGCGUCUCGCAUGUUUUGACGUCGGAACAUAUUCCGCUGCUAUGGCUCGCGUACUGAAGCUGUCUGAAGUGAAGGAGCUUGUCCUCGGUAAGAGGACGCUCGUUACCGUGGAUGCGAACGAUUCGUUAACAACGGCGCUGAAGCUGUUCCAGGAGCACCACGUGACGUCGAUGCCCGUGCGCAACCGCCGCCUCUCUGCACCGCACCAAACCGAGACGCCAUCGCUGAAAAAGCCUCAGGCGCUGCAGUCCAUCAUGGUGCAUCCGUCGCCCAUGCGAUUCGUCGGCAUGCUCUCGGUGGUGGACGUGGCGAUAUUCAUGGCGGAGUGGGAUGGUAACAAGGACAAGCGUGGCGACGACGACGAAGUGGUGGCGAAGACCCUAUGCGACGUGAAGGUGGCUGACGUCAUGGGAAAAUCCGAAGAGACACGUCAGAUGGUCGUCGUGGACCCCCACGCCAGUGUGUGGCAAGCCAUGCUGCUGCUAGGCGCGGGCGGCUUCCACCGCGGGCUGGUCCCCAACAUCGGGCCGGGCGAGCACGAGCUGCACCCCGUCAUCGAACCGCCGGCCAAACCCACGGAAGCACCCACCAAGGGCGAGGGGAAUGCGGGGAGCGAGGAGGAGAAGGAGGAGGAGGGAGCGGCGCAGCCGGCGCCCCCGAUGCCGCUGGCGGUGCACAGCGAGGUGAUGGGCGGCGUGGUGGGCGAGGAGUACCGCGUGCUCUCGCAGAUGGACGUCGCCACGUUCCUGCUGUCGCAUGAGGGGCUCAUGGGGCUGGCGCUGGCUAAGAGGGUGGACGACUUGGGUCUGGUGUGGCCGCUGGUGGUGACCAUAACGCCGGCAGACACUCUGCUGCACGCCUUCAGGCUCUUCAGGCGCCACCAGGUAACCGCGCUUCCCGUGGUGGCAGCCCGCCUGUCGGAGCCGCACUCCGCCUUCCACGCGUGCGGGGAGACGCUCAUCGACACCCUCUCCGCCACCGACGUGCGCUGCAUCCACCUGCUGGAGGUGCGGGCGGAGAAGAAGGAGACAACUAAGCAGGAGAAGGGGAAGAAGGGGAAGGAGAGGAAGCAGAGGAAGGAGCACGGGAAGGGUCACGGGAAGGAUCACGAGAAGGAGCAAGGGGAGGGGCAUGGGACGAAGACGGCGGUGCGGGUGGGGGAGGAGGAGUUUGAGGACCUGGGGGCGAUCACGGUGGGGCAGUUCCUGGCUGCGCUGAGGAUGGGGAGGGACCGCCACCUCGUCACUUGCACCAAGAGCACGAGUCUCAGGCGUGUGCUGCACCGCAUGGUGCGGGAGAGGGUGCACCGUGUGUGGGUGGUGGACCAGCAGGAGCAGCCCUCGCCCAUGCCCUCCCCGCGCGUACCCCCUAUAAGCAUCUUCAAGGACAAGCUAGAGGACCAGGGCGCUGGUGGUAACGGCAAGCCAAAGCCGCCCGCUGCUACAGUGCUGCCAGCUAUAGAAGAGGACAAGCCAGCUGCAGCCGAAGGAGAGGGAGGCGAGGGGGGAGAGGGGGGAGCGAGGUCUGCUGCUGCUGCUCUCUUGCAGUGUGUCCCUGCAUCAAGUUCCGGAGGAGGGAGCGUGGAAAUGCACUUGCAGGGAGUGGUGAGCCUCACUGACAUCCUGCGCAUAGUGCGUGUGCUGCCCAUUGCCAGUCUCUCCCCCUCUGACCUUGGCCCUCUGGCGAAAGACUUGGAGGUCCAGGAGGGAGGGGAGACGGGCGAAGAGGAGUUGGAGGGGUGGGAGUUGGGCUCCGGGGAGUUCCUCACUCCUGAUUGGAGCAUUGCGCCCGGGUCGCUGCUUGACUGGUGGCCGAAAAUGAGCAAGUCUUCCUCGGUUGGCGCGUAGACAAGAUGGGACUCAUAACUCGUUGGAGUGAGCUAUGGCGAGAAGGGAAAGGAGAUGAGGGCACAACGAGUGGCGUGGGAAGGUUGUGGUUUGUUUUUAGCGCAGCUGGGUGCUGCUGGAUGCUGCUUCUCAUCUCGUUUCUUCUGGUUUGCGUAUGUACAGGUGCUUGGUGAAUGGGUGGAUCCUUCUUUUGUUGCUUUGCGAUUGAUUGAGCCAGUAGGUUUUGUUGCUGCUGUGUAGGGUCUCUUCUGUUUGUAGAUGCAAACGCGCUUGUUUUGUGAAUUUCAUCAAUGCUAGUGUGUCAUAUUUGUACAUUCAAAACACAUGCUUAGCUUUGUAU